UGUUGCUUUUUUUUGCAUGUAUUUUUAAAUGUUAUUAUUUAGGAGUAUUGGAGACUCCUCUGGUCGUAUUAAUGUGCACACACACACACACGGUGAUGUCAGUGGCCUGCAGACAUCUCCAUACUGUCACUUUAAUUCCAGAGCCGUCCAGAGGAGGGGGGGCAGGACCAGCACCAGGAUCAGGAUCAGGAUCAGGAUCAGGAUCGUGAGGGUUUUUUCCUUCUCGGACUCUGCAGCUGCAGUAGAUUGAAUGAAGUGUGUUUUUGCAGGCUGCUGCUGUUCCACACGGAGGACUACAACAUGCCAGAGAGGAACAGCCUGAAUGCAUCAUCACAUUAUUAUUAUGUGGCUUUUUUAAGCUCUUGUUGAGCUCUUGUUGAGAGGGCGGAGGAUCUGAGCCUCGACACAUUUCUCCAGUUAGGUGCGGGGCCUUGAGAGAGCAGAUCUCCUCCUUGAUGCUAUCUGGACAGCAGCAGCAGCAGCUCCUCUCUGCACAGCCGACUGGCAGCAGCUCUCUGCACGGAUGAUAAAGAACUUGGAAGGGAAAGGAAAUGGUCAAGAUGGCAGCAGCUGAUGUGGAGGCAUUAGAUGUAUAGUAGUAAUUCUCAUUUCUCUCUCUCUCUCUUUGGCAUGCACGUCGCAGGAUCUCAGCGCAGGACGCUUGUGCAGGAAUUGGAUUCCUCCAAACCAACAAUCUUUAAUUGCCAAAUUGCAAUGCAUGUUGUCCAGCAGGGUGUGGGCUGUGCACGAGAAAAGGCAAUGUUUUGUUAAUGCUGGUCAGCCUCUGCGGAUAGACAGACGCCUUUGCAUUGCAGGAGGAGGAGGACAGAUAAACGGACACGUGUUUGGGGGCUGCAGGAUUUGGACUAUUUUGCAUACCAGUGCAUGCAUAUAAUAAGUAAAUAUAUAUAUAUGAAAAGCUGCACACACUUAUUGAUGGAAUGGAGUGAUUUUAUAAGCCUUUGUGCAGCAGCAGCAGCAGAAACCGAGAUAUUGUUUUUAACAUGGCUGCUGAAGAACCGCGCGACGACUCCCCCUUAAACGUGGAGAUAGAUCCGGAUUUCGAGCCCCAGAAGCGGCCGCGCUCCUGCACUUGGCCGCUGCCUCGUCCGGAGUCUGGUGCGGACAAACCGCCCGCAAAUGACACUGACGUAAUCCCCGAAGAAGAGGAUGACAGCGAUGCACAGAAAGAAGCCAACAGUGUUGUUAAAUCUCGUGUGCCAAGCAGCAGUAGUGGUUCCUCCAGCUCCACCUCCCAGCCUGUGGAGGUCCAGCGCGGCCCCUGCAAGGAGGAGGCCGGAGAUGGCUCUCCUUCCUCGGCGCAGACCCCCUCCGCGGCUACGGGUGGUUCUUCUGCGUCCCAGCAGCUGAGGAAGUCGUCCGCCCGCAGGAACGCCUGGGGCAACUACUCCUAUGCAGACCUCAUCACACAAGCCAUCGAGAGCUCUCCAGAGAACAGGCUGACCUUGUCCCAAAUCUACGACUGGAUGGUGAGGUCUGUGCCAUAUUUCAAGGACAAAGGCGACAGCAACAGCUCUGCUGGCUGGAAGAAUUCCAUCCGACACAAUCUGUCCCUCCAUAGUCGCUUUGUGAAAGUCCAGAAUGAAGGAACAGGGAAAAGCUCGUGGUGGAUGGUCAACCCAGAAGGUGGGAAAGGAGGCAAAGCUCCCCGACGACGAGCCGUAUCCAUGGACAACAGCAAGUACAUCAAAGGAGCCCGAGGACGCGCCACCAAGAAGAAAGCUUCGCUGCAGGCAGCUCAAGAAGGCAGCUCAGAGAGCUCCUCCAGCCUCUCCAAGUGGACAGGAAGUCCCACCUCCCGCAGCAGUGACGAGCUGGACGCCUGGACAGACUUCCGCUCCCGGACCAAUUCCAACGCCAGCACGCUCAGCGGUCGUCUGUCCCCGAUCCUGGCUAACCUGGAGCUGGACGAGGUGCCCGACGACGACUCGCCUCUCUCCCCGAUGCUGUACUCCAGCCCCAGCAGCAUGUCCCCGUCCACCGGGCCCACGGGCCUCUCCGACCUGGCGGGUACCAUGAACCUCAACGACGGGCUCUCUGACAACCUGAUGGACGACCUUUUAGACAAUAUCAGCCUGACAGCAUCCCAGCAGCCUCCUCCUGGAGAGGAAGACAACGGAGCCGACGAUCAGGGGAGCUCAGUGUUUACCUUCAGCUGCUCAGGAAGUAGUCUGGGUAGCCCCUCUGGCAGCUACGGGCCGAACCCUCUGUUUAGCCCGCCGUCCAUCACGAGCCUGCGCCAGUCGCCCAUGCAGACCAUCCAGGAGAACAAGCAGACCACCUUCUCCUGCAUCUCGCACUUCAGCGACCACCAAACCCUGCAGGAUCUGCUCAGCCUGGACUCCCACGGCCACAGCAACGUCAUGCUCACCCAGUCCGACCCGCUGAUGUCGCAGGCCAGCACCGCCAUCGCCCUGCAGAACUCCCGCCGAAACGCCAUGCUGCUCCGCAAAGACCACUUGUUGGUGAACCAGACCAGUGCAGGCGAGGCCCAAAGCGCCUCAGUGCCUGGUUGGCAAGCUGGCUUGUCGACCUCUGACAAAGACGCCGGCCACCCCGACGCCAAGCAGCCGCUCCUGAAGUCUCCCAGUAAGAACGCCUCUAUGCAGCUCGGCUCUGGCUUGUCCGGCCAGGACCGCUUUCCCGCCGAUCUGGACCUCGACGUGUUCAACGGCAGUCUUGAGUGCGACAUGGACUCCAUCAUCCGCAACGAACUGAUGGACGCAGACUGCCUGGACCUCAGCUUCGACUCUCGCCUCUCCUCUGCCCAGAACGCCAACAGGAAUUCAGGAAGCUUCUCCAGCUCCAAACAGACCUCUCCGCACAGCUGGGUGCCAAGCUGAGAAGCUCCAUCAGAGCUCAGCAUGGGUAUAAAAACAAAGUUGGGGAAAUGUAAAUUGGGGUUCAUUGUGUCCUGCGUUGUGCAACUAGAGGGAAGAAAGUACGUAAAAGUGUAUCAUGUAGUAUUUUUUCCAUUAUUUUUAAUGUGAGGCAUUAAGUUCGGUACUGUUUUUCAAGUGUCUGAGACACACAAUGGUGUCUUCACAAAGGAGGAAAAAAAUUCUUUAAAAAGAUCAAUGCCUGGGCGGUGUGAACAACAGUAUCGACUGGAAGUACAGAACAUUUUGUUAAAGCUAUAUGAAAAGCAUCAACUCGUGUUAGUCUCAGGGAAUCACUCAUGCAGUAUCACUAAGUGAUACACAAAACUGAAUUAUGUUUUUCACCCUGCUUUCUCUCCUCUUUCACACCCUUUCAUACCUAAACCAACGUUUUUGCCAAACCAGCUGUCAGCCUGUUGUGAGUGACAGCCUGUUUACAGAAAAAAGCUGCAGAGAAUGUUACAUUAUUACGUUCCAGUGGAGGAUACUUGACAAGCUUUUUUUUAUUUUAAAGUUUCUUUGAGAGACUAAAUGGACUAAAAGAUUUAAUGAAAAGCUUUUUUCCCCCCUUCCCAUUGAUGCACAGAGUCACGCACCAAAUAUCAAUCUGUAGAGGUUAAUAUGUUAUCAAGAUGUGAACUGAUCUACAUUGUGUGGUUUUUGUAUGUAAUGUUUUAUUUUUACUUAGCGGAUUUUACCCUGUGAUUUUAGUGACAUUACUGUGAAUUCUGUUCCUUCUAAAGAGGUGCAUAACUGAAGUCUUGAUAAUAUGGUGUUUCUGCUGCAGAUCCCUUUUCACCAUCUUCCCCCCUCCUCCUCUUCCUCUUACUGCAAUAUUGGAAGUACUGCUCAGUACACAGAGUUUAGGACCGUGUAUAGCAAGAAACAUGAUUUAGCUCUAGUUACCAUUAGUAAACACGUAGGACUAUUUGGAUUAAAGUAACCACACUUAGAGACUCCACAGCACUCAACUACAAUAUUUUGGUGUUUGUUAAUUUGAAGGAGUUCUUGGUGCUAUAAAUAAGAAGAUAGCAGGGAGUGGCUGCAGAUGGAGCAGCAUUAGUAGCCUCCCCUAUGUUAUCAGCACUAUAGCAGGUGCUGGGGUCAAAUAGUGUUUCCAACCCUGUGAGAGGUCGUGUAGUAACGUAGAGCCAUUUUUGCCAUUUGAGAAACCACAGUAUUUUAAAUAUUGCCAAAAUAUUUCUGCAUUUAACUAAGUGGAAAUAAGAGGAUAUACAGUGUAUAAAAUAGUAGGAACCAGUGCUAUAAGGGCAAAAAAACAAACACAUCAGCACAGUUUUUGUAGGAACGGCAGGAUGAACUUUUUUUAGUUUACAUUUUUAUCAGCUGGAAACUGUCAAUUUUCACUGAAUUUGUCUUGUCAAAUGAAAUUUUAUUUAUUUUCUUUUCCACAUGUGCAUAUUUUGGUGCUUUUCCAUAUGACGUGUGGUCGAGCUGUGUAAAAGCACUUUUCUUUGAAUGGUCUAGUCAACAUUUUGAUCACCUCAGUCGGGUAUUGAUCAGGACCGACAACGAACGGCAAAUGGUGCCUGAAAUGGUGUCCCCCUUUAAAUCUAAAUGUGACACCCUGUUGAAUUGAACUGACAAUAAUGUCACAGAAAUAUUGAGUCCUAUUUGCUUAUUUUUUUUUAUUUUUACAAAAAUAUAUUUUGCACAUUUGUGCUUCCAAAUAUCAUUUUUGUAGCUUCACAUGGAUGACUUGAAGCUUCAAUUUUUUUUCUACAUUAAUCUUGAGUAACUCUCACUGCCAAUAUUCAAACUCCAUUUCUUCCUAUUGCUCCUACAAAACAAAAAGAAGACAUCAAGUUGACAUUGCCAGUUGUAAUUCCUAUCUUGGCUGUAUCAGAGAUGGUGCAUGUAAAUAAAGCUUAAAGAACCACUGAAAA